ACUUGACCCGUACUCUUCAUUAUUUUUAAUGGCGCUUAUUGCCAGUUGGCCUUAAGAAAGUAGUUGAAUUAGUUUUAGGUGUUAUGUCAAUUAUUAGUAAAUGACGUAUAGGGAUUGCCUAUCCUAGCCGUCUUUGGCGCCUGUUUUUUAGAUCAUACGGUAUAUUCUGAGGUAAGGUUUAAAUAUACGAAGAAAUGUUUUGAUUCGCUAGGAGAUUCAUUAAUUGAUUUUCCAAAUUGUUUUAUUUUUGUUAUUUCUUAAUUAAAUUGAACAUAGAAAUGUAUUUAAACAAUUUUCUAUUUAAAUUUCUUUUAUAAUAAGUCGUCAAAUAUACAACACAAUAUUUCUUUAAAGUUAGUAAUUAAUAUAAUGUACAUAUAUCUAUUUAAAAAUACUUAUUUAGAAUUAAGAUUAUUAAAAUGUAUAUAAUUGUUCAUAUUACGGUAUAAAGAGUAUCACAGUAUAAAAAGUCAAGAUGAUUUAAAGUGUGCUGCUUCUGGAGAAAAAACCGUGUCGCGAUCCUGAGAUCAAAAACGGCAGGGCAAGACUAAAACAAAGAGGACGAUGGGCAAAAUUUAUUUGUGCCCCUAGUUAUACUCUUGUUGGCGAAAGGACAGCUUAUUGUAGGAAUGGAGUGUGGGACAUAACACUCCCAAAAUGUGUCGGUUCAAGUUGUCCAAAACCGGGUAAAAUACCUGUCAAUAGCGUGAUGUUGGCUCCAAUUCCAGGAGCUUUAAACUUCUACUGUCAGCCAGGAUACUCAAUGACUGGACCAAAAACGUUAUAUUGUGAUGGAAAAACAUGGGACAACCAUAUGCCAGCUUGUAUAGCUUCCAACGAAAAAGCACCUUUGUUCUGUGAUUUCGAAAAGUCAGACAUAUGCUACUGGAACCACGACUUGAACCAUGAUAUGGACUGGACACGAGGGCAAUACAAGACUCCAACAGGCUACUCUAUGCCAACUGGACCCAGCCAUGACCACACCAAAGGCUUCCGGUCUAACGGUUACUACAUGUAUUUGGAAACAUCAUCGCGAAGAGUAAACGAUACAGCCCGUUUAAUUUCACCAAUAUUUCCGAAAACCAAUACUAUAGGGUGCUUGGAAUUUUGGUACCAUAUGCACGGCCGAACUAUAGGUACACUUAGAGCGUAUUUUAGAAAAACGUCCGAACCUUGGUCAGUAGAUCCAGAUAAAGCUAUUUUCACGAAAACUGGCAACCAUGGGGAUGUCUGGCUGAGAGCGUUCAUAGAACUGGGAAAUAUGACAGAAGAUUAUCAGAUAAUUAUGGAAGGUACUAGGGGAAAUGGAUAUGUGAGUGAUAUUGCUAUAGACGACAUAAACAUAAUAGAAAAUUGUGUUUAUUCUGAAUACACAACAACCACUGAAGAAAAUAUUUCGACCACCACCGAAAUAUUAAAACCCAUAGAAUCCUGUGAGAAUAGAUGUGGCAACAAGGCAACUAGUGAAGAAAAAGCCCAAUAUUUAGCUUGCGAUUGCGAUGAAUUUUGUGGCGAAAGCAGUAGAUGCUGUCCAGAUUAUGUCGAUUUCUGUUUUGAUGUUUCUACAACAGCUAUUAUAGAAGCCAACACAACCAAUACUGCAAUACCAGAAAUAGAACAAAAUAUUUUAAACACUUUAAUACCAGUAAUCAAAAACGAUACCAAACUGCCUGUCUCUUUAACAUCAAAUCAAACAACAAACGUAUAUGUACAAUUACACACCAAAACUACCUCAACUACAACGAGAAUACCUACAACAAAGAACACCACAAAAGUUGUUCUUGAAAAAGAAACCAUACCACCUUUAGUACUGCUUCAACCUACUACAAGCCAGAUCAUUUACCGAAAAUAUUUUGCACCUACCAAAUCAACUACGAAACCGAAAAAAGUCGUACUGCCAGAUAAAAAGUUAUCAGAGAAUGAUAUAGGCACUAUACCAAUCAGACAAAACAUAAGCGACGUCAAUGCUACUCCUUUACCGCUAGAUGAGAAUAUACCUAUAAAUGAGAAGGAAAAAUAUGUAGAAAAAGUAGCUAAAGAAGCCGUUUUGAACGAAAAUCAGUCACCAGAAAACCUAGACAAGUUGAAAACAGGUUUCAGUCAAAAACAAGACGAAUAUUCCCACACAAAACUUAUUUUUAUCAUUAUAGCAGUACUAUGUGGUGUUAGUUCUGUCACAAUACUCAUCGUAUUGGCUGUACUAAAGUACAGAACCAGCAGAUACAGGAGACGAAUGACGUCAGGCAACGGUGACAGCCAGAGUGACGUCAGGUUUUUGACGGCUGACGAAGUGCUCGAUUUUUCAUUGGACAAAGACUAUGAGGAUCUGUGAUGUGUAUAAUAUAUUGUAAAUUUUGUCGUAUUUUUUUAAUGUUUGUUUCUUAAUAUAAAAUGUCAAAAAAAUACAAUUAAAGACUGUUCAGCCAUCGUCCAACGUUACGUCAUCAUUAUAUGCCAAUUGUGAGUUUUAGGGUGUGUCUGAGAUCAGUUCAUAUUGUUUAGAACAUUUGACAAUCCGUCCAUAAAAUUAUAAACCCAAAUCAAAUCACAAUGACAAUUACUAAAAGGAAAUUUUAACAUUUAUAUGUCCGUCAAUAAAAUAAUAACCCAAAUCAAUUGAGAAUGACAGUUACUAAAAAGAAUAUGCACUAAUUUACGAAAUGCCGUAAUGACGUCACCAAUCUUUUUCAUCUGGUUGGCAAGUGAUUGAGAUCUUGACAAUAUAUGACUUGACGUUGAACGAUGGCUGAACAUUCUAUACUAUAUUAUUGACUGAG